AUGACGGCUACGAAGAUUGUUCCAACUAUCGGAAGGCAGCCUCUUCAGCUGGGCAACAGCCUCGAUGGAUUGAAGUUCCAAGAGAUCACCCGAGUGCUUGGGAGAGAAUACAUCGAUGUCCAAGUUACUGAUCUUCUACACGCUGAAGACUCAGAGGCCAAAUUGAGAGAUUUGGGCAUUGUCCUUGCUGAGAGAGGUGUCGUUGUUUUCAAAAGUCAAAAGCUCUCGCCAAAGGAGCAGAAAGAAUUGGCCCAGAGGCUGGGUGAGGCGACAGGCAAGCCAAAGGAGUCUAGUCUUCACGUUCACCCAAUCAACCAUACGACACAUGAAUUCGGGGGACCCACUGAUCCCGAGAUGUCUACCAUUGCUCGCAACCCUGAAAAGAUGCUCUCAACACAAAAAGGAUGCGGUGCGAAAAAGGAGAUUAUUCAAUCAACAGCAGAUGGAUGGCACCACGAUAUCGGCUUUGAGCGUGUUACUUCCGAUUACUCUACUCUUUACAUGAGAACAAUCCCGCCCACUGGAGGUGACACCUUGUUUGCGAGCGCCUACGAAGUCUAUGACCGUAUUUCUCCCGCCUAUCAAAAAUUCCUCGAAACUUUGACCUGUACAUUCAUGCCCGUUGGCUAUCAGCCCAACCCAGAGCACAAAGCUCUAUAUGAAGUUGAGCGAGGCCAUCCGUUAAACAUUGACCAAAGCCUCACUGCUAGCCAUCCGGUUGUUCGCACCAAUCCCGUUACAGGUUGGAAAUCCGUCUUUGCAGUUGGACACCAUGCUCAGUUUAUCAAUGAGCUCACUCCUCUCGAGAGCCAACAGACCCUUGACUUCCUGAAUAACCUUAUUUCAAAAAACCAUGAUCUCCAGCUUCGUUUCAAAUGGAACGUUGAUGAUCUUGUCAUCUGGGAUAAUCGUUCCGUCUACCACACUGCCACUUAUGAUUAUAGCGAGCCCCGCGCCGCUCACCGUGUUGUAAGUGUUGGUGAGGCUCCUACCUUGUUGGAAGGAAGCAUUUCCCGUGGUCAGGCUUUGGGUCUCCUAUAGGAGGUACCAAAAGACUCAUGUGGUCCCUGCGGAAGCAAGCAGAUACUUCAUAAUUGCACACAACGUACACGAAUGGGUGCACAGACUCACGGGACACUUAAGAGAAAAAGCACAAUUCCAUACCAAAAAGAGCUAUUUUGAUAAUUUAAUUAAAAUUUGAAAUC